AUGAGCUGCAGCAGCGUUGCAGAAUCCGAGUUUUCGGAGGAAGAGCUGGAGCUCGGUGCUCUAGGCCAAGGUGAGAGCGAGGAGGGAAGUCCCAAGGCGUCGUUCCAGGACAGCGAGAGCUCUACUGGCAGCCCGAGCGACCCAGAGGAGGACCUGACCAAGAAGCGCAAUCGGCCGGUUCGCUCCAAAGCUCGACGUAUGGCAGCCAAUGUCCGUGAGAGGAAACGCAUUAUGGACUAUAACCAGGCCUUCAAUGCUCUUCGGGUCGCCUUGAACCAUGACCUUAGCGGCAAACGGCUCUCAAAGAUCGCCACGCUGCAGAGGGCCAUCAAUCGGAUCUCAGCUCUCUCUGUGUUCCUGAGCACUAACCCAGCCAGCAAACCUUGCACCCAUCGGGAAUGUAACAGGUCAUCGGCGGGGAUGACACCAAUGGCAGCCUCACGACUGGAGCAGACUAGGGUGAGCAUCCCUCGUCUGGAGCAUCAACAUUAUGCUCCUUGGCACGCGUCUAUUUCCCAGCAACCGCAGCAGGGGCCUCACGUGUACAGGUGCCCCACGGAGCCUCGCGUCUACGUAGAUACCAGUGUCUCCUCGUGCCCCCCGUCACCACACUACCCUUGUUAUCCCACAGAAGGACAGCUUUACGCUUCACGAGGCCAUUGCGGCAGCUCUCACGAACAUCCACCAAGCCCCCUGCGGUUCUCUCAGGUGGGUGACGGGUUGGGGUACCAGCCUGGAUUAUGGGGCUCCUGCACUCAGGGUUACAUUGACACUUUUGUGGAGCCAUCUGCAGCUUCGGGACUUCCCUGGCAGGUGAACUACAUGCAGGAGCAGGAACAUAACCUCUCUUUGGGCUCAGAAACCCAACUAUGA